AUGUCAACAGGUUCUGAGGGACAGCUGGGUUUGCAGAAUUCAGGAAUGUUGUCCAAAGAUCAAUUGCUCUACUUAUUUGAUCGCUUCUCCUACCUCACUUCUCAGCCUGAGGUGAAGCAAAGAAUUGCUGAAGCCGUCCUUGACAAGCAGGAAGCGGUUGCUGUAACUACCCGGAUUCAGGAGGAGAUUCUUUUGGAGAUGGGAGUUGAUCCCAUAUUUGGUCUUUCUUGUCUUGGGAAAGUAAAUGUGGCUUAUGAAAGUGAUCAAGAUUUAAUGAUUCAGUUUUAUGGAUUUGUUGCCAAGGAAGAGAUGGCUUGUGAGGAAGCAGAGCUCGGACCUGAAAAAUUUGCGGAGAGAAUGAGUAUGCAUCAGAAACUUCAAGAACAGCAAGUGGAGAUGCUACAGUACCUGCGUAAUUUUCACUUGGAUGACCAAUCUGCAGUGCUGGAGAAGAUUCGCCAGCAAAUGGAGCAAGCGAAUUUCGAGCCAGAUGCAUCAGUUCUGCCUGUGGAACAUAUCCAAGAAAUUGUUCGGAGAAGGGUAUCCCCUGUUUUCCAGCCAAGAUAA